GUUUUCGUCCUGUUGGUCACGAGGACCAUCAUGCGGAAGUCUCGGGUUCUGAUUAUGGAGGAAGCAAAACAAACAGAUUAACGAAACCUUUCUACCUAAGAAUUAUUUUAUUUUAAAGACUAAAAACUGCCAGUAUUCUCGAGGAGAGACAUCCCGGGUUUCUUCCAGAGAAAUGUCGUCGGAGGAAUUCGAGAAGUUGCACGAAAUCUACAAAUCUUUAUACGACGAGCUGAAGUUAAUUCCCGAGAGAGUCACGAAAUGUCACGGAGAGGAAAGGAAGAGGCUGGUGAGGAGCUUCGAUGAGCGGCAGGGGGAAGCCGAGGAGGUGUUGCAGGGCAUGGAGGAUGAGCUCCGAACGGCGCCGCCGUCCUACAGAAACGCCAUGAGCACCAAGCUGCGCCUGUACCGCAGAGACAUCGGCAAACUGCAGAGGGACAUGAAAAGCUUUGCUCCCGGCUUUGGCUCCGCCUCCCUGACGGCUCAAGGGGACCAUCAGGGCAUCUAUGCAUCCCAGAACCAGCAGAGCACUCACCUGCAGUCGCAGAGGGCGCUGUUGCUUCAGGGAACGGAGUACCUGAACAACGCCACGCAGAGCAUCGAGCGCAGCCAGCGCAUCGCCGUGGAAACGGAGCAGAUCGGCACGGACAUCAUCGAAGAGCUGGGGGGGCAAAGGGAGCAGCUGGACCGAACCAGAGACAGAUUGGUGAACACCGGAGAGAACCUGAGUCGAAGCAGAAAAGUUCUGCGGGCCAUGUCUCGACGGCUCAUGACCAACAAGCUGCUCCUGGCCAUCAUCAUUUUAAUGGAGCUCGCCAUUCUGGGCGCCGUGAUCUACCUGAAGUUCUUCCGGAAGUGAGGGCGCGUCUGAGAAGGGGAGGAGCCGGCGCUCUGCCGCCGUUUCUGCCCUGGAGCAAUAAUUCUGUUGGUGUGAGCGAGCGCUCUGAGACGAGGCUCUUCCUGAGGACGUUUGACCACAGAGGCCACGCCUCUUUUGACCACGGACGCUCUUCAGAGGGACGUUCACUCACAGAUCUGCAGGAUGAGGAUCUGCUGAAGGUCACGGGUUUGAGGACUUUGAGGUCAAGAAACCAGAACGCUCCCAAGUAUUUCUCUAAGUGUUCCUGACCUCCAACACUCAAACUUCAUUCUGCUCUGAAUGUACAACGAGGACACGAGUCUUAAUCUAUGUUGUAGUUUUCCCAGUAAAAGUCGAUCAGGAGUAAGACUUAAACUCUUGUGACUUUUACUCCAGAAAACCCGGUAAGGCGUUUCCUUCACUUCCUGUAGGGUAAAUCAGUACUUCCUGUUUAGUGAUUUACCGCCUCCAUUAAAGCUAAUCUGUUACUUCA